AUGCACCUCAAAGACACCAUCAUCAUUCCAGCACCAAAGAACUUCCCACCCUCCAGCUGCAAUGACUACCUCCCAGUCACACACUUCGAGUGGCUCGUAUGGACCACAUCAAGUCUGUUCUCCCGCACCAACCCUGAACCCAGGCCACCCUCACUCACCUUGAAACAAAAGAAGCUCAAGUACCACUCAAACCUCUGCAUCAGCAGUGGGGGACUCCUCAGCAACAGAGACAAGGCAAACUGCAGGAGUGAGGAGAGCAGUCUUCCCAUGUGGUGCACAUAG